AUACCCAUAUAUGCUAAUAUCACACUGAUCCAGUGCACUGAUCAACUUGACACGGACGCAAAGACUGGAAACAAGUUUGAUUUUCGCGCCAUGGCGCCAUUUUGAUUAUUAAUUUAGUACGUUUGUUGAUUUCAUAAAAUCAUUUUAACGAACAACAUUUUCAAAAUACAAUAUAUACUGAACAAUUCGUACUAAUUUCCUAUUUAUUUUUGAGGAUCUUUUGACGUAAUAAUGUCAUCCAAAAAAUUUGAAAGCAACGAAGUUUCAAUGAUCGAUGUUUUAGAAGAAGACAAAGAACUUGAGGAAGAGGCCAACGCUGUUUUUGGUGAUAGUGAUGACCAAAAUUGUACAUAUGUUAAGGGUUAUGUAAAGCGUCAAGCUCUAUAUGCUUGCCUUACUUGCACACCUGCAACACCAGAUUCUGCAUCUGCGGGCGUCUGCCUUGCUUGCAGCUUAUUGUGUCAUGAUGAUCAUGAACUCGUUGAACUUUAUACCAAAAGGAAUUUCAGAUGUGACUGUGGCAAUGACAAGUUUCCUGAUUUUAAUUGUAGACUUGAGAAGAUUAAGGAUCCUAUAAACAUACACAAUAAGUAUAAUCAGAAUUUCCAAGGUCUUUAUUGCUUGUGCCAUCGUCCAUACCCAGAUCCAGAAGAUGAGAUUGAAGAUGAAAUGAUUCAGUGUAUUUGUUGUGAAGAUUGGUUUCAUUCCAGGCAUCUUGGUAACUUGCCUCCUUUUGAUGGUGAUUAUACUGAAAUGAUCUGUGAUCAUUGCAUGGAAAAAAAUGAUUUCCUUUGUGUAUACAGGCCAUUCUCAAUCCCAAGUCAAGAGUUAUGCACUAUCAGGAAUGGUGAUACAUCGAACAAUGUUGAUGUUGAAGAAAAUAAACUUGAAUCAAAACAUUUUGAAAACAAUUCUGCUGAUUUAGUUCAUUCAAGAAGUAAUGCUGAUGUUCUUGCAGACAAAGAGAUACUGCGGGCAUCAGAAAAUAACAUAAAACGAAAGUUAGUAAAAAACCAAGAAGACGGAGAUCGAUUUUGCGAAGGAACGUCGUCAAAGAAAUUUUGUGAUGAUGAAAACUAUUUGAGAAACAAAAACGAUAGCUGCAUCUUUGAAAAACUUAGCAAGAAUGUCGAAAAAAAACUUGGAUGCACAUUUUGGAAUAAUGGCUGGAGGUCUAGGUUAUGUAUUUGUGAAGAUUGCAAGCGUAUGUAUAAAGAAAAAGACGUGGAAUUUCUUAUGGAUGAAUCGGAUACAAUAAAAGCUUACGAAGAUCGCGGUCAAUCACGACGAGAAAAUCAAUCUAGCAGUUACGAUUCAGGUCUGAAUGCUUUGAACAAUCUUGGAAGGGUCCAACAGAUCGAAAUAUUACAUGGUUACCAUGAUAUGAAGAACCAACUUACGAGUUACUUGGCUGAUUUUGCCAGAGAAGGAAAAACUGUUACUAAAGAAGACAUUGAAAGUUUCUUUGAACAACUUCAAGCUAAAAGAAAGAAGGACUCACACAUUCUUCAUCAUUGUAGAUAGCUCAAGAUCAUUUGACUUGAAGCCAUCAUGACUGAUCUUAUUCAGUGCGAAACACACAUAGCAGAAACUUUAAACUAUGUAAAAGCAAAAUGCUAAGAGACUCUAGCUGUUUUUGAGAAAGAUUUCAUGUAAUAAAGUUUUCAUACUACUA